GAUUGUUCGCCGGAGCCUGACGCUAAUAACAGCGGACAAGCGAAGAGAGAUUUUUAAACCAGUGUGUUUCAGCGUUCCUGUUUUACCGACUUUCUACCGGUAGCUGAUAUAUAAGCUGUUGUCGAGCAGGGUCAGUGGGAGGUUUUGUUUCUCGGUCCCCCCUUCAGUCUCGGUGGUUUACAACUCGGCCUUUCUCGGCCCGGCUCUGUAGUGUCUAGGCUCCCCAGCACUGUUCAGGGGCACACAUCGCCAUUCUCCAGGCCUCGCGCAUUGUCAACCUUAUCAGACAGGCCUUUCAGUCUCAACAGAAAUCCGCUUGUAAUCGGCCCUAUUGAAUUAGCCGGUCCUGUUCGCAAGCAAAGGUGACAGAAUGCCCGUUACUGACAUGUAAAAGGUGGCCACCUCGUCUCAACGAUAUCUAAGUUUGUCUAAUUCAGUGCCAAGUAAAUAUGGAAUACGCCAGGAGUAGAUGGCCGAUAGCCCUGGUUCUGCUGGACACUGUUUACUUUGUAAUGGGCUCCGGGUGCAGCUUCCCACCCGAAUGGCAGGGAGACUGGUACCAGAAUGCCCUGGGAGAUGUACGAAUAACGACCAAUGAGAUCUCGUCAUUAGGGACGUGCGUGCAGAAUGUGGACAGCAAGUACCUUGUGAAGAGCAGUUCUGGGCAUUAUGACGACCAGGAUUGUUAUAGGUGUCUUGUGGUGACGCCCCAACACGAAAACAUCAUCGAGUACAAGAGAAGCUAUUGUCGCGAGGAGAGAAACAUCGCUGAUGUUUGCAGUACAAUAACUGGCGAUUAUCAACUGUACACAAUGAUUAGAGUUCCAAGCACACCAGUGCCAUGCCCAUUCCAGGGUCCCUUCCAAUUCACCUAUACGAAUAUGAGCACUGGUAACAAGGUCUGCGAAUUCCCAGUGUCGGAAGUGCACGCAUGUGCGGAUGAUUCUAGGUUCAAGUUCCGUUUCCGAAAGUGUCAAGAUAUGCCAUACACCAGCACUGCGGAAUAUGACUUCCAGUGUCUGGCCACGUGGUCGGCCAAGAAUUAUCUGUUCGGAAAGUUCACCAACCCAAACAUGUACGAUAAGGCACAGAUGUACAGAUGUUUUAUCCACAACUUCCAAGUGUCACCAGCCGAGAUGGCCAUGUCCCCUGAUGCUUCCUGUCGAGGUGUGACCAGCUCAGUAGGCGGAGCACUCAACAUGAAGUUUACCCAAGAUAAAGAGAAAUGGCCGACUCCAAUGUGUGACUUUCCGGAUUUCUUCACCGCGGAGAGAAGAUGGCGGGAUCUCUCCGGCAGAUUUAUCAUCCACGUGGACGCCAAUGGCCAGAGGUUCAAGCUGAUGAGCAACCACGUGAGCCAGGAUGUCGUCCGCUAUACAGAGGAAUCGGUGGAGGCCAAGUACUCGAUCAAAUGUAUUGACAAGAUAGAUGAAGGGGUGUCACUGUCACAGUUCGAGUAUCGCACUUUUACUACAAAUGACUCAUGCAUUUCCCAGUACCAGUGUCUGAAGAUAUACAAGCGAUCGCCUAAAGUAAUUGAGUUGUAUAUUGGAUCCAAACUGCGGAAUGAAAGAGCUGCCUGUGAACAGCAUAAUUUUGCUAAUUCAACCCGAUACGUCUUCAUUCCUGCCGACAGUGCUGCGACGCCCUGCCCUCUAGCAGGUAGCUAUAAAUUUAAGGACAAAUCGACGGGAUGCAGCGGAAAUUUUAAAGUGGGAUGCGGAUUCAAAGCGGAAGAAAUACAAAUCGAGACGGCAUGUCCUAACAACGAACAGAAUGUAGAAAUUCUCCAGUGCCUGCACACGUGGACUGAGGACCACAAUAUCCACGUGAUCGUGGAGAAGCCAGGCGAUCCGGCGAUGACAGGAACCUGUGUGACAUUUGGCGAGGACAGUAAAUUCCGGACAGUAUCCACAGAGCAAGAGUGUAACUUUAUGUUACCCCAGAUAUUGGGCAAGAGAAUCACCUACCAGUUAAUGAAACCCCCAGAAACCUGUAAACGAGAUCCCCGAACUCUUGAAGGAAGUACUAACGCUGGCGUCAUACGGGAUAUGAAUAAUGUGCUGGACGGCAGCUCUGCCACUUCAUUGGACAGUAUUAGUCACGUGAUCUGGAGAAAAAUCACAUUGACUCUAGGCUUUGUAAUAGUGCUCUUCACAGACCGGUUGUGCUUGAGAUGACGUCACUAAUGGAGACCAGAGAAUCGAGAAAUACUAUUAUAUUAGCUUUAACACAAACCAUCUAUUAACAGAGAAGAUAUAUUAUUGGUGUGACAGUGGGAGAGAAAGACUAAACCUUGCUGGCUGUGAAUAUAUGAGGACUUUGUAAGUGACGAUAAAAGAGUUAGUGAACAUAAAUUUAACACUUUGGGAUCCCCUCCCUCUUAUGGAUAACAUUCCUUGUAAAUAGUUUAAAAGAUGUACAGCUGUCCAAAAUCACUAAAUUUUAUUAUGACAUGUGAAUUGUAACACACAUUGAACGUUCGCGGUCGAGUACAUAUAUUCAACAGCACCGAUGGAUAGAGAAUUGUGUAUAAAGGAAAUGGCAUCCGGCUGGAUGACGUCUCCUUGACGUCACAGAUUAUGGUGGUUUGGGCAAAGUGCUGCGCCGAUUCCAGAGGCUUUAAUGCGCAGCUCCUUCCCUACUAACACCCAGCUUUCAUUUCUUACAAAACAAACACUGGAGAAUGUCGAUGAACUAACUGGGUGUGUACUGUUCAAGAGGUCACUGAAAGCGAGAAAUGAACUAGUGUUACAAAUCGUCACAUCCGGACUGUUCUAACAACCCAUGGUCUUCAUUGUCCAGUCUAAAUGUUUCAUUGUUCCUGUUGAAGAAUAUGUUGAUGUGAUGACGUCAUCGUUCGUAUCACAUGAUCCUCGGAUGUUCCGCCAUAUUGAUGUUUACACAGCAUAGUUUGUGGCCAUAGCAGAGACUUAUGGUCACGUGGUUCAGAUGAUGGUUUUAUGUAUAUAAUAUACACGUAUCACCCCUGUGCGAAUGUUAUACCAAAUUUCGUCCAAAAAGCUGCUGCAGUGCAUGUAGUGGUUUGCUAUGAUGUUUUGAGACACUGUGUGGCACGAGGAUUGCUAAACUGGGGGAAAAAUCAACGGGCCAAAAAAAGCGGCGCCUCUCCUGUUUGAUUUCACUGUCAGAGGAACACUGGUGGGAACGUAUCCCUGACUAACACCCGGAACAUCAAGCGUUUGCUUUUCCCAGGACUCCGCCUUGUUAGCUUACGGUGUCAACGCACAAACUUUUUCCAGUGAUACACGUGUUUUUGUAAAAGUUGAGCCUUUCUCUGUGGCGAGGACAGAAAAUGAAAUGGUCAUCUAUAUUCCGUAUAUGACAUCGGUGCAGUAAAUGUUACUGGGUGGACACACGUGAUGGUCAUCGAUUUGCCUCAAGAGAAGAGUGUUUUUAUUUUUAUUUUUUUUCUCUCUCUCUUUUUGAAAUCAUUGCAGAUGUCACAGAGUGGAUGUCACUCAGUGACGUUAGAGUUUCUCUCAGAGAGUAUACAGUAUUACCUAUCCUGAUCUGUUUCUGUAUUUGUAUAGGGGGAGAGGAAAUCUGCCGUGCGCAUGCGUAUUUACUUCGCUCAAACUUACUUGCCAAACCAGAUUUCCCACGGGAACUACAGGUUGGGAUCUCGUGCCUUACAGCGGUGGCUUGGAACAGCAUAACCGUUCUCACUGAGAACUUCAGUACCCCACUCAAUGUUCUUCUUAUUCUCUGAGCGACUUAUAUUAUAUCCUCGACACGAGUCGCAUUUUGCAGAGACAGUGACUGUGACUUGAACUUUAUGGAGCAGUGAGUCCGUUAUCACCGGUAUCUGGCUUAGUUCGUUAUCAUGCAUUUGCCAUGACGUCCUGUUUAAUUGCCAUGACGUCAUGUUUUUUGCGCUAAGUCCAUUUCAGCCUGUUGCUGUAGUAUGAGUACUUGAGACGUUGUUUUGUUCCCUGAAGUUCCCCUUUGCCCAGGACGCCAUAUAUAUUAUUGUCUUCAUGCAGUGCUGUACCAGUUGAAUAUCAAGGCACAAAUUUAAAUGAUGAUUAUUAUUUUUGUUCAUCCAUAUCAUGGGUGCAUAGCGUUGGCAAAUAUUGUGUAUAUUCGAUUUUGUAUUCGUGAUGGACUCUAUAUUGUGAAUAAAAUGGAGAUUGGUAUUGAUAA